CAUCUGUUCUGUACUGUAUUAAACAUGCAGUAAUAUCCCACAUCCACUAACUAUUUGAGGGGCAGAGCUCCAAGAAACCAUAAAAUUCUUCAAUCCAUCAUCACUCCUUCCUUUGACGAAACACCAAUUUAAUAAACGAUAAUGGAAGGCCCUCCCAUUUUCGAUCAUCCCCAUCUCCAGAUUUCCUUCUCCGCUCACCACCAACCUGAUCAAAUGGGGUUUGUUCAGUUCGAGGAUCAUCACAAUCCGGUGCUCAGCUUCCUCCCGCCGCCGCCGCCGCCCGUGAAAGCCGCCGCAGGAUUCAAUCAUGAUGAGCAGCAGCAGCUUCCAGUGAAUAGAUCCUCAUGGAAUAACGACCAAGUAGUGGUGGAUCCUAAGGCUGUGAAUGAUGAGAGUAACAACGCCAACGAUGCUUCCAAUUCAUGGUGGAGGAGUUCUUCGUCAGACAAGAACAAGGUGAAGAUACGGAGGAAGCUGCGGGAGCCGAGGUUUUGUUUUCAGACGAGGAGCGACGUCGAUGUUCUUGAUGAUGGCUACAAAUGGAGGAAGUAUGGACAGAAAGUUGUCAAGAAUAGCCUCCAUCCAAGAAGCUACUACCGAUGCACGCAUAGCAAUUGCCGGGUGAAGAAGAGAGUGGAGCGGCUGUCGGAAGACUGCAGGAUGGUGAUUACAACAUAUGAAGGCAGACACAACCACUCUCCCUCCGAUGAUUCCAACUCCGAGCACGACUGUUACACCUCUUUUUAACUGCCAUACUCGCCGGAAAUAUCAUUUGUCUAUGUCGUGUAUAUUUUUUAUAUAUAUGAUGCCAACCUCCUCUAGAUCUUGUUUAUUUUACAUUUGCUUAUAUUUUUCCCGCUUAGCCUAAUGUUGGAUAGUGAAUAUUAUAUUGAAUGUAUGUAUGAUAAAAAAAACCCUGCCCUUUCCUUGUCGAACCAUUCACUUUUUUGGCAGCUGUUGAAACGAGGAACGUGUAAUUUUUCAUACAUAUAUCAUCUUCAUUCAAUCUUAA